AUUUUCCUUGUACAUGAUUUCAGCCUGAAACUGGAAAAUAAAUACAUUAAUGUGGGUCGUCCUGCUUGAAGAGAGAAGCUAAACUAAUUGCAACUCCUCCUACAGGAUAUGACUUCAAUAAAAGGGCUGAUGUUUAAUUGGGUUAUUUCCUGCAGCAUAUUGCCAUCUGCUGGAAAUUGGUAUUAAUACGUCUAAAUGAGCUCCAAAAUACUCAAAAAAAAUCUGUACAGCAGAACACAAGUCUAAUAAGCACAAUAACUUAAACAGAAACAUAAAUUGAAAAUGAAUGAAUGUAUUUCCAAUAAUACCGAAACAGUGAAUAAGAAGAAGGGAAAUUCAAUAGGAAGGCAUAUGGAAAUCUUCAAUUAAGUGGGGAAUGUCAAAGAUGUAAAAGUAAAGAAUAGGAACAUCGUCUCUCAUUUCCUGAGAUUAUCUGAAGAGAGAGCUGAUAAGCAUUCAAAUUCCCAACAAAAAUAUAAAUUUGAGUCAUAGUUGAAUAGUUUUCAUCAAUACAGUUGCUGCUCAUAUUUUGUAUCGAGUUAACGAAAAUAAGUUUGGCUAAACGGGGGAAUGUGGGACGGGUCUUCAAAAUAAAACAAUUACUUACCUUUAGAUGAACAUUUACCUGUAUUAAUAUUACUGGUGUUAGCUACAUAAUUGGUUAAAUAAUGAAAAAAAUCAGAGUUCCAAGGUAUAAAAGUGGUUAACUCUCAAUAAAUCACUGCAUUUACAACAGUGAGAUUUUACUUUGAAACUCCAGAGGCGGAAAUAGUACAGUUUAGCGGCUGGGCUAACUUGACGCUGGUUGUUGCCGUCCGUGCUGUCAGCCACGUCACCUCCACUGAAUCAACUUUUUCCUCCUCUGGGCGCUGCUGCAGACAGACCCUCAGCUGAGUUUGAGUUUGGACUCAGUAGAUAUCACAUUUGUUUAUCUAUGUUACAUACAUUUAGAUAAGGAAAGCCGAGCAGCAGCAGCAGCCAGGCGGUCUCUCUAAGUGCAGUGCGUUGAUGUUAGCUUCUCGCUUUGUAGCUUUUUGACGCGUUUCAUCUCCACUGACUUUUGGAGUGUUUGCUUUUUGGCGUGACUGCCUGCUGAGGACGGUGGGGCCUGUGGGCUGUUUCAUUUAAUCUUCUUUUCUGCUCUUCUUGUUAAAACCUAACAUUAUCAACAUGAAUAUCUUUCGUCUGGCGGGUGACGUGUCACAUCUGUUGGCUAUCAUCAUCCUACUUGUGAAGAUAUGGAGGUCCAAAUCCUGUGCAGGUAGGCUGACACUCACACCGGCAUCCAUGCACUUUGACUUGUUGGAGACCUUUUAGUUCAACCUAGAACUAAAGAUGCAAUCAUAUAAUAGUAGCUGCAAGUAAGUGACUGUGACUGCACUUAAAGAUAUGUUAAAGAGACUCAUUGUGUUGAGUAGAUGUUCAGAAGCGACGUGGCAAUGUUGACAACGCUAUCUCCAGCCUGCUCCACCUUUUUACAGCUGUUUUACUGCAUCGUUAUACUGCUCUACAGCUGUCUUAUGACAAAAAUAUGACUUCCUGGGUACUUUACACUGUUGGAUUUAUAAAAAGGUUUUGUACAUGGGAUAUAUACUGCAAUUUUCUUUCAAGUUGCCAACAAUUAUUCAUAUAACUAUUUUAUAACAUCAGUGAGACAGCAGGGGCGGGUGUAGACUUAUUGCGACUUGGGGUGGCCAAACUUGGGCACUGACUUAAGAAGGGGUGUUAUGAGUUGUGCACACACUUAAAAGUCAAAUCUCACCCUAAAGCCUAAGCACUGAGCACUGUUAGAGUUAAAUGGCUUGGUUUUCAGUGUGUGAGACCAUGAGGGGAUGAAAUGGUGUAAAAAUGAGACAUAGAUAGAUCGAUAGAUCGAUAGAUGGAUGGAUAGAGAGGGAAAUUCAGAAAACCAGAGGCAGCACUAAUAAAACACAUUACACAUUCUACAAUACUGUGACGAUAUUAACACUAAAUGGGAAAUGGGAUCUAAUAAUGAACUCAUACAAACCUCUGAUCAAUACCCUAAACCAACGUCAUUUGUCAUCCCUUCUGAAGUAUUCAAAAAGAGAAACUACAAAUACCCAGAUCCUCCGGCCUGUUUGAUGGUCAGUGAUUGAAACACAAGAAGAUCCAUGAAACAAGAUGCACUGUUAAAAAGUUAAGAAUGUAGAAAUUGUUAUAUUUAACAUUAUCUAGCAGUUAGAAUGUAGAAUGAAACACUCCCUUUGUUCACCCCCUUCGGUUGGUGAAACGAUAGUGGCCUUGUAAGGACAAAAAGCCCCGAAAAGCAUUUGAGCCUUAUUUGUCAAAUUCGUGUCUUCUGCGCACAACUACAACAACUCUCUUCUUUGUCUCCAAAAUGAUACAUCUCAUACUCACUCACUACAAAACUCAGGUGAUAAUAGUUUGUACAUACUGUGCAACUGUAGUAACAAAGCAACUCAAGAUAGCAGCUUCUACUGAAGGAGGCGGGCUUCUUGGUGGACAUGGAAAGCUCUUUCCAAGUUCACAAACACAAAUGACUUUAUUUUCAGAUAGUUGUUCACUAGUCUAACCGUACUUAUAAAUAUGGUAUUUAACUUCUUAGCCUGUUCUGUUAACUGUCACUGAAUGCCACACCCAGUAUCUUUAGUCAAGAUUUGGACUUACAUAAAGUGUGUAAUUUAGUGUUGAAAAGUCUGCAUCAGAGAACAAACACACUUGCUGAUGUGUCAAUGGGACAACAAUGAAGGCUCACUCUCCUCCUAGGAACACUCUUUAAAACAGGGGCCAACCAAUAUUGGUUUAUCAGGGUUGACACUAAUACUUAUGAAUGAUUCAUGACAUCAUUAACCAAUAUUUGGAACUGAUGAGCUUUGUUAGUAAAAAUGGAAACCUCUGUCACAAUGUAGAAAUUAGUGACACCAAUGACUUGUUCCAAGGCCACAACCCACACACAAAGGCAGCCUGGGUUCAAUUCCACACUGUGACUCCUUUCCACUGGCCUCUAUCUGUUAAUGAAAUAAGUAGAAUUUGGAAUGAUAUAUUGACUCAUGCUAGUUCUGGUUACCACUGACUGAGAGGCAGACUCCAGGGCAAAAAAUGAUUUAUCAUUUUAUCUAUGAAUCUGAACAAAAAAACUGUCCAAACUGAACAAACAUAGACUACAUAAAUGUGUAAGUAGAAUUUAUCUACAGCAGAGAUAUAGAAGGUAACCUUCACAUAUCUUUUGCACUAACCUCAUUUUUUAUACUGCAAACCUUUUCACUGAGGAAUACCAAACAAGAUGCUAUUGUUCCCACAAUAACAACAGAAAAUGCUUACUCAAGCCUGUGCAGCUAUGGACUGGUACAUCUUUAAUCAAAACAUUUUACUCAACCAACUUUUUAAAGUUUUAAGCACUUGGAUUCAAAGAUGUCUGUCCAAACAACAUUUCUAUAUAGGAGCCUCUGUUAAAAGCCUAAUGAACAGAUCCAACUGGUCUUUUUGUCUUCUGCAGGUAUCUCUGGGAAGUCUCAGAUGCUGUUUGCACUUGUCUUUACCACCAGAUACCUGGACCUGUUCACUGUCUUCGUCUCUGCUUACAACACAGUCAUGAAGGUGAGAGCAGAGAUCACUCAAAGUUAAACACAUACCUUUUACAAUGCAUAGCAAAAAAACAAAACUGGUUCUACUUAAUCUGCAGAGUGAUGAAUCAGCACAGACAAGCCUUGUUGAGAACAAGAAAAGUGAAACCUUCUGCAUAUGCCAGCUCAGUCCAGCUUCAUGUUUGAGUCUCAGUCUCUCUGGAAUAGAAUAAAUAAAGAGUGACAGGUUGCAUUUCUAACCAGCUGAAAAAUGACUCUCUCCUUCAAGGUGGUGUUUCUAGCUCUGGCCUAUGCCACUGUGUACCUGAUCUACAUGCGCUUUAGGAACUCCUACGAUUCGGAGAAUGACACAUUCCGUGUGGAGUUCCUGUUGGUUCCAGUCAUUGGGCUGUCCUUCCUGGAGAACUAUGCUUUCACUCCACUGGAGGUAAACAAACAUCUUUCUCAGGAAACACACAUGUUUCCAGAGAAAGAUUUAAAAAUGUAUGCAUCAUUGGAUCACUAAGGUUCAAACAAUUUGAGCUUGAUCUCUUUAGAAGUCUGUAUCCAGUGGUCAACUUUAUCUAACUCUCUAUAAAAAUAAAGGAUGAAAGUGUGAAAGGUAACCAGAUCCUGCUUUGAAAAAUAGUCAUUUUCCAAUCCAGGAUCACUCUUAUCCAGAUUAAACCUUUGUCCUCCUGGUUUCAAGUUUCACUUGACCUCAUGUGUCUUUCUUCAUCCAGAUUCUGUGGACCUUUUCCAUCUUCCUGGAGGCGGUGGCCAUCAUGCCGCAGCUCUUCAUGAUCACAAAGACGGGCGAGGCAGAGUCCAUCACCACACAUUACCUGUUUUUCCUGGGUCUGUACCGAGCCCUCUACAUCGCCAACUGGGUGUGGCGUUACCACACAGAGGGCUUCUUAGACCAGAUCGCUGUGGUGUCUGGCGUUGUGCAGACCAUCUUCUACUGCGACUUCUUCUAUCUUUAUGUUACGAGAGGUGAGUUAACUCUGCUGCCAAGAGCCUGGUUAAGAAUUUAAUAAUCACAACUUAAAGACCACUGAUAACACUUAUAGUAGUAAAAGAACAGAUCGGAGUGGGGCUUUAAGCAGUAUGCUCCAGUAGGGAGUAUCGCCAUUUCUAACUGAAGCUUAAAGAAUUACUGAACUCUUUUGGUUUAUCAGGACUUCUCACUAGCUUCCAGUGUUUUUAUCGUAAAGAGAUACCUGGAUUUUACUCAUGCUUCAGGUUGACGUUAGCAGGAAAAAUGAAGAUAUUUUAAGCUACAUGUCUGUCUUUAUUUAAGAAGACAGCUGAAGACAAACAGAAAGUGAAGGGAGAAUACAUGUACUGAAGGGAAGAUGCUAGGAGUCAACAAGUGACUGCAUCUACAACUGAAGCCUGACUCUCUACCUCUGUCUUCUCUGCAGUGAUCCGAGGGAAAGGGAAGAUGAGUCUGCCGAUGCCAAUUUAAAACCAGUCCUUGAACCAUCCCUCCAUCCACCUGUGCCUGCUCCAGUCCAGUAUCUGAACUCAGUCAUUGAACUCCGCCUGCAUGUGAACUCAGCUGCAGGACUAACAGUGUGACAUCGCCCUGGAGACCAAAACGUGUGCCUGUAGGAAUGGGUUUCCUGUCUGACUGGUAUUUUGUGUGUUUGUGUGUGACUCUUUUAGUAUGCAAAUAAGUGCAUUGAUGCUGUUGUGGUCAGAAGUGUGUGAUGUGUUUUUUUUUGUUUUCAUGAGAUGUGAGUGUGACACUGGAAAGGUGUCCAUGUGUGUAUGUGGAACUUAAAUUCAGUAAACAACACUAUGGAGACUUUGUCUUUACCUGUCAGGACACUUUGAAAGUUGAAUCCAUAAACUAAAUGAAGCUAGCUGUCGCUCGUUUGUGGAGCGCUCUGGUUGUUAAAGUGUAGCUCUAGUUUUCACACAGUGCACAUACAGAUCCUGGAUGUCAAAGGUCCUUAAAUUUAAAUAUUUUAACCUCCUGAUGAUUUAUGGUAGCAUCAAAUUUUGUACUAUUUUCUCAAUUUGAACAUUUGCUCUUCCACAGUCUCCACACACUCCUUGAGCAGAUUAUUAGAUGCAAACAUGUUCUUUUCUUUUUGUCAAUCAUGUUACAGUUUGUAUUGGUGUUGUCUUUUUUAAUAUGUACUCCUUCACAGGAAGAAAAAAAAGGGCUGAAUGUUUUGUCAUGUCUUUUAAAAAAACCAAAGCUGAAACAGGAAAUUUCUUUAAUUUUUUAUUGAAACAAAUUCUCUCUUUCCAAGCUUGUUUUCUUGUCUGCACAGUAAAGCUGUGCCAGGGAUAAAAAUCAGUACAACCCCAGUUCAAUAAAAGUUGGGACACUGUAAAAUGUUGACAAGGAAAGAAUUUUGACUCUAACUAAAAAUGAUGCCAAGGAAACCAAAUACUGGAACAGAUUUUUUGUUUGCGCAGCUUUCUGGUAAACAUGUUCCCAUUUCAAAAUUGAUGCCAGCAACACAUCUUGAAAAAAAGUUGGGACAGGGACAUGUUUACUGUCUUGUUGCAUCACCUCUUCCUGUAGCAACACGGUAAAAGUUUGGAUUUCUAGAGUUUGGAAAGUGGAUUUUUUUCAUUUUUGCUGCUUAACAGCCCAGGAUCCUCUUUGUCUUAUUUUUUGUGAGGUGAUCAGGGCCAAAUAUUUACUGUAAGUGACAAAUCAUGACUGCAGACAGGUCAGCGUAGCACAUAGCAUAUGUUUUUUAAACCCUAUAAUUGUCACUAAGCAAUAAUGGUGCCAUUCUUGAUAUGUAAACUACCCUUGUCACAGGUACUCAUACAUUUUCAUGCCAGUAGCUCAGGAGGUAAAGAGGUCCUUCAAUAACUGAAAGGUUGGCGGUUCGAUUCCCUCCUAUCUCGAGUCUGUCCGUUGUUUCAUUGAGCAACACACUUAACCCACCUUGCUCCCAGUUUGUGUCCUCCACUGGUGUAUGAUUGUGAGUGUUGUGUGGUGGUGGUCGGAGAGGCUGUAGGCACAAACUGGCAGCCACGUUUCUGUCAGUCUGCCCCAGGGCAGCUGUGACUACUAAGGUAGUUAACCAACACCAAGGUGUGACUGUGUGAGCGAAUGAAUGAUGUAUCCAAUGUAAAGCGCUUUGAGGGUCUCUGGUAAAGCGCUGUAUGAAAUCUGAUGCAUUAUUAUUAUUAAUUAUCAACUCUACUGGUUUCUGGAAAUGUGCGAUAACAAAAAAAGCCUGGUCCCUCUCCUCCGGGUUCAUGGUUUUGAGAUUUAAUAUGCCAGACCACAAGACAAUUUUCCAUGUCACCUCAGUAUAUCUCAAAUGGGCUUGGGCCUAGAGAAGUAACUGGCAUGUCUGUAUCAUGUUUAGAUAUAAUUUCUUCUGUGCAUGGUACGGUUUGAACCUGCAUUUGUGGAUGCACAAACAAGCUGUGUUAAGUGUCAUUUUGAGCCCAUGCUGUGACUUCCACUGCAGAGUCUGUUUUUGAUGCAGUGCUGCCUCAGGGCCUGAAUAUUUGGGCUCUGACUAUCACUCUAUCUGCCUAACCCCAUUUUUGUGCAGAGAUUCAGAUUCUAUAAAUCUUUUGGAUGAUUAAAUUCCUCAAUUAUUUGCAAUUCUCUGAGCAGUACACAACUUUUUCAGUGUUUGCUGGCCCUGUUCCAACAGUUUAGAAAAUGAGCUUUUUUGAAAGAUAAGAACAUUUUUUGUUUCAAAGCUUGUUGUUAUUGCACUGCAUUCAAGUAGACACAUACUUCAUAAGAAUUGCACACCAUCAAAUUCCGUUCUCAGCAGCAUUUGACGCAGAGUCCCAGCUUUUUAAGAAUUGGAGUUGUAAGUUAAAUCAGAGCAUGUUAAAUUUCUGUAAACAAUAAAAAAAUCUGUUUUUUGACACUAUAAGACGUCAAGGUAAGCUGACUUGCACACUCUUUCUCAUUUCUGACAACAUGUGAAUUCUUGAGUGAAAGGUGCGUCUCUGUUCUCUGUUACUCAUCCCAAUAAUAGCAUCACACCAGGAUGUUUGCUCUGGACACACAUCUUCACACACAAUGCAUUAUUAAACAGUAGGAGUUAAAAGUUCUAGUGCAUUGUGUAGUAGUUAAACAGAAAAAUUAAACAAGAGAUGUGUAAGAAAGCUUAGUGCUGAGUGGAUUAGAGUCAGACUUAGUGUCUCUCAAUGCAGGAAGGUUUUUCUGUGUUUGUAUAGGACCUUGCUCCCCUCUCUGACAGCUCCGCUCACUGCCUUUGCAGCUGAGCUGACAGAGAGCGGUGAUGCUGCCAGAGCUGCUGCCUUCUCUAUCACCUUCACUUUCUUCACAGCUUUCCCUUUCCCUUUGUCUUUCCCCAUGAUCCCCGCCCCCUCUGCUGCACCUUUCCCCAAAGCCGUCACCAACUCACUCCAGAAAAGCCUCUCUGCCCUUUUCUGUGCCUCCUCUUCCUCUCUUUUUCUCUCCUCCUCUUCCCUCCUACUCUCUGAUCCUUUCGAUUCCUUAGGCUGGGACUCCGAAGUGGGUCCUAUUUCUCUCAGAAUCCUCUGUUGUGCAUCUCUGAUUGCCGUCUCGGCCUCCUUGAACAUCUCAUUGCUGUAGCAUGCUCCUCCAUUGCUCUGCACAAGCUUCUCCAACUUCUCCAGGAGGUGUGUGACCUGUUCUGAGCUCUCUGGUGUCUUUUUCUGUUCAGUAUUAUCAAAAGCCUGAUAUCCUCCGUGGCAGCUGCUGAUGAACUCUGACAGCUCAUCACUAACUUCAAAGAAGUCUUGGACAGGUUUUCCUCGUAACUGGUCCCCCCAGGUGAACAACACCAUAGUAAAUCUGGUAACUCCAGGUCCAAACGUAGCUUUCACCCACUCUAAGGCGUCCCUCUCCUCCUGGGUGAACCUGCCAAGCUGCAGGGUCACCAAGAAGACAUGUGGUCCAGGGGAGGACAGGACGACACAGCGUCCUACUUCUGCCAUGACCUCCUGAAGGGACAGCUGAGUGUGGAAGAAUCCAGGAGUGUCAACCACUGAGAUCUUUCGUCCGUCUACUGUCCCGGUCAUCUUCUGGCAGUGCUUGGUGACAGAAUCAGGGGAAACAUCCACCCAGAAAGCAGACCUCCCCAGGAUGGUGUUACCGGAGGAGCUCCUGCCUGAUCCUGUCCUGCCCAGCAGCACAAUCCUUAGAGCUUCGGUUUUCUCUGGUGUCGGGGGCGCAGCCUCACAGACUGAAGUGAAAUGAAAGAAUACAUUGAUAUCGCUUUGGGAGACUAGAGUCGGUUGUCUUGGUUAUUCAGGUACAGCUUAAGGGAUAUUCCGGCAUAAAAUUAAUUUAGGGUCAAACACACCAUAAUGCAGAGUUAGACACCCCCUCGAGAGACGAAUGUUGCCGCCUGCUUGCUUCUCUAGUUAUACCAACUUAAGUAAUGACCAAAGCAAUACACAGCGAUCUAUGGAACCACACACAAACCUCAACCAAAACGCCACUCUAUAGCCACAAAUAAUGCUCAGAACAGCACCUAACUUCAUCAACAGUACAGAUAGAGUCCAAGCCAUAGCACUAGCCAUCAAACAUGUUUUUAACUUUGCCUAAUUUCUUUCGCAAAGAGACUAAACACAACUCACCUACUCUCUUCCAGCAGCCGCUUGUUUGUAGCAAGUCCUCAGGCCAGUCCAUUACGGACUGCUGCAGGGUGACGCAGCUCAAGGAAGAACAUUAAUGAUAAUUUCUUUAUCAUUUCCUUAAAGUAAUAACCACCAUAUUAAUCAUUUUGCACUGCAGACACGGUAGUUCUUCUGCCUUUGCGUCUCAGUCUGAUUGCAUUUCCAUGAAGAAAUGAUCAUUGCGAAAGAAAUUAGGCAAAGUUAAAAAGAUGUUUGGUGGCUAGUACUAUGGCUGGGACCCUACAUGUACUGUUGUUGUUGCUGUUCUGAGCAUUAUUUGUGGCUAUAGAGUGGCGUUUUGGUUGAGGUUUGUUUAUGGCUCCUCAGACCACUGUGUAUUGCUAUCGUGCGGUCGUUACUAAUGUUGGUAUAACUAGAGAAGCAAGCGGUCGGCAACAUUCAUCUCUCCAGGCUGUGACCGAAAUGGAUCCCUAACCCCUAUAUAGGCGACUAUAUGGGGGUUAGCGCCAUUUUUAGGGGUGUCCGAAACCUGAGUGAUCAAUUCCUGUGCCCCAUAUAGGCGACUCAAAAUUUCCCAUAAAGCACUGCAAAAUGUAGUGACCAUCAGAUGGUCACUCACCGGUGGUGGGCAUCCCGUCAUGCAUCGCGUCUUACUAUGUAGUGUCCGAAACCUCCGGUGAUUAAGUUCACUACAUAGUCAGCUAUAUACUGAGAUCCCAUAUGGGGGUUAGGGGUUCAGGAUUGAGUGAUUCAUUUCAGACACAGCCACAGUCUAAAUUAAUUUUACACCGGAAUGUCCCUUUAUAGCACUGUGACAUGUUAAUAUCAAGAAUGAUCAUUUUCAUAGCAGAAUUAAUGGUUUAAUCUAUAGGUAAACAAAUCCUUAAUUUUGCAACUCUUAUGUUUUUACUAUGUUACUUGUUACUUGAAAGGGGUUUAAUUCGACAAAUGCAGAGUCCAUAAGCUUUUGUUCAAUGUAUGAUGAUUCAAUGACGACAAUAAGGUAAGGUAUUUUAACCAUGAGCAAAUCAUUGGAGAGUGAAAAGUGAGACAGCCUAUCCCGGUCUCCCCUACUCUGGUUGCAGGAUUAUCUUCUUGCAUACAUAAUAUAUAUCUAAUUCUGUUAAUGGUAGCUUUUAGCACAUACAUAUGAUGCUGACCACGAACUUGGUGUGAUAACAACAACAACAACAACAACAGACGUACCUUCUCGUGAGUCAGCAUUUUCGGGAGACGACAUAUCAGAGCAGAGUUACCAAAAUAAAGACCUCUGGCCGGCCGGUUUCUCGGGAGAGAAAGACAGGAGACAACCUUAGGUUUUUCCAGAAAUUUCCAAAUGCUUCAAAUAAACACCGCGAGUGAACCGUCUGAUGGAGAGGGCAUCGAAACAACUGCAGUCGGAUGCAGGUGCUCCUCACCACCGCAGCGAUGAUGACGACUGUUGUAACAUCAAAUUAUUAAAGUCGUUUGAAAGGUAUUUAAUAAUUUAAUCUGGUCUUUAGUGACUGUAAAUCACCACUGUAAACUGUAAUUAUCCAAAAAUUCAACCAUAAGAUAAAUCAAGUUUUAGUUUUACUCUGUGGGCACUAGGGGGCAGCAAACAGCCAUCAUUUUAAGAAUUCUCUACUAUCAACAAAAUAAAUUACCAUAGCUUAGAAUAAACGCAGUUCAAUGCUAAUAUAACACAAUUCCUUAGAAAUACUUACAAACACAAUUUAAUGUACUUCUCACAUCUCACACAAUGUCAAUGCUGGUUGAAUAUAAAAAGAGGCAGUGGGCCUUACCCUUUUUAGAAUUCUUACUAUGCUUAAAUCUGACACUGCUCAUGUCUAGUCACACUAGUCUCUCCUACUUAUACCACUUUACACACUUCACAUUAAAGGACACACAUGAAAAAUCUUCACUUUACCUUUUGAAAGUCCUUGUUUCCUUAAAAGAGUCAAAGAUAACAUUGAUCUACUUUUAUUAAUUACACUAUAUCUCUAAAUUCACAUUUUCAAUCCUAGUCUUGAAUUUACCUGAGAUGUUACCAUUUAAUGCUCUUGUGAAAGUUAAACAUCAAUACACUUAAUCGGUCCACUGAUUUUGAUCUCUCAUGGGGACUUGGCUGUGUUUGAUCGUGCUAUUAUCAUCACAAUUUUCAGAUUGUAAAAAUAAAAUUGUAGCUCCAUGUUAGUAACAAGAAACUUUUAUCCUUUAAUAUAGUUCACAAAUAGAGAGCACUAUCACAAGGAGUGUGAUAAAAAUGUUUGCUGCUGAUUUUGAAUCUCUAGUAGUAAAAUUUACAGGUAAAUAAAUGAAAUAGCUGUUUCACUGAGCAGGGUAUUAAAAGGUAAAUAUUGUAUUUAGGGGCAUACAACAUCAAAUAAAUCAGCUUUAAAGCCCCUGUGAGGGAUUUUUUGACUGGUUUAAUGAAUGGACUGAAACUAGCAGCAAUGUCUUAUUAUGGACUCAAAUUCAAACUAAGCCAUCCUCAUCAAGACUAGAAAUCUUCAUAUGGUAGUUUUCAAUGCAUGAAACCACUAUGAGGGGGUAGGUGGACCUGUUAUUGACAACACACUGAGAAAUAAGCAUCUUUUCUCUUUCUAAAGCAAAAAGAAUAGCAUUUUUAUGUCAAGAGGAAUGACAAGAUUUCUUGUCAGAAAGCACUGCUUACACAUGUAAAGUAAAAUAAUUAACAGAGAUAUGGUGUCACUUUAUCUACAAGGGGGCGCCAAACUCAACACAAAGCUCCUCAUAGGAGCUUUAAAAGGAAAACAAAAUGUUGAAUCAGUGUGCGAAUGUGGUUAACAGAUACUAUUUAAUAUACAAAUUCAACAACAAAGGUUUUGCCAGUAAUAACUUAUUAAAGCUCAUUACAUAAGACCUUUAAAUAUAGUUUAAAACAUCUUUAUGUUUGAGUAUCAUGGCUCUGAUUGUUUAGGUUCUAAUAGGAUCAUUUCCAAUGUUUUCCACAAGUUACACAAACUCGAAAUCUCCCAAUAUGGAUAUUCCCUUUCAAACAUGUUUUUCCAAACUCUUUUUAAGUUUUCUGGCUGUAGCAGUUGUUUUCUGGAUGUUUGUGUGUGAAGGUACAGUAAUUAAAGAUGGCGCAGAGGCUAAAUUUCCUCAGGGGCCAAACAGUAUAAAACAAAAUAGGAGGAAAAUAACAGAAGCCUUUCUUGGCUGAGUUGUUUUUCUUCAUGUAUAUUCAGAUUUUCCCAACACUAAUUUGGUGUGUCAAAAAUUUCAAAGUAAAAUUGUUUUCAAAGUCAGCAAAACAGACAUUUAAAUUUGGUUGAAUUGUGUGUAUUUCAGGGCUUUUUUGUCUUCUGGUAAGCCUUGUUUGAAUUAAUCAAAGAGCUUUCAGCCUGUUUCAGACAGAAUCAAGACUCUAGCCCUACCCUGCAGUUGCUGAUCCCUCUUGUGUUUUAUUUAAAUGAGUCCGUCAGUCCAGUACAGCAUGUCAGUGGUUUUGCUGCUAUAGACCAUCAUAAUUUCCCUGCUGGCAUUAAGUUCAUUCAACAGGUCACUCACAGUAGGAUAUCCUCCUUGGUGUCUAAGUGCUCGAUGAGUGGUGUGGGCUCAUAUGUGUGUUGGCUACAUUAUGCUAUUGAAUACUAAGGGUUGUGCCGCAAACCCCUAAAAAAGAAACAAACUAAGAUUGGCUUAAAGAACAGGUUACUGACAAAAACAAAUAACGCAAUAAAAACCUGGCAUCUUGAAGCACUCACAGCUGAAACACCAUAAUGACUCGAUCAAUAUGUGUCUAUAUCGUCAUGUCUCUGCCAAACAGGUAACAAAUGCAACCAAAAAAAAUACUUUUAAGGAAUUUAACAUUACGCAAAGAUUUGGCUCCUACAGACAUUUAUGUGACCUUUGUGUCCUUAUUCAAUGCUAAAAGACCUCUUACAACGCUGAUAUUAGCCAAGAGUAAGAGUGCGGAGUCUGUGACGGAGGGCAGAGCAGAGACACACCAUGUAAAACGUUACAUGUGGAGAUGUUGAUAAAAAGUUUUUUUAAGACCUAAAUUCCUCCAAAACAAUUGCAGGUAUAAAAAAUAAGUUAACAUGUUUGACGGUGGAAAAUGUAGCCUACUCUUUAUCCAAAUUUAACUGCCCUCUUAGUUUACAUACAACUCUCUACAUUAGACUCUCGAACCGUAGAGCUGAAUCAGUUUUUGAAGCACUGGUGACGUUCGAUGCUUCAACCAUCACCCAGUCAUUUUACAUUUCUUACAUAUCUUUGAUACAAACUCCAACACUUUGAAGCCCAGUGGUAAGCUAAAGUAGCUAAUACAAACAUUGGAAAUAUACGCCCAUCUCUAACCUAUAUCUUUCAGUUUGGCCGAUUAGAUGACUUAAUCGGCACUCCCUCUCCUCACUCUAUUUCUAUGUCAAUCCACCACCACUACUCGUUGUACGUUUGUUUAAUUUCAUAGGCUUCUGUGCUUUUUCUUUAUACUAUCAAAUGUAAAAAUAACAACCAUUAAAUCCUUUUUGAACAUGUUUUUUUAAAAGCAUCACAGUAUCCAAAAUAUAAACAACCUUAGCAGUGAGUGAUGGAUUUUCUAGUCCUAAGAUUUAAUAUAACAUAGUUUUUCUAACAAGGACCUUCAUAAGACUGAACCAUACAGAAGAGCUACAGGCCUAGAAGUGUGCAAACAACAUAAAUAAGUCACUUUUGUUUUUCAUGUCUAUUAGAUUAAGUUUUGUCUAGUUGACUUUUCCUCACAGCACCUGAUAUCAGCUGCACAGUUGGAUGCUGAUGGACAGCGAGUGAUGCAGGAAAAUGUCGUUUACGCUACAGGCUGCUGAUUGGUUUUCAGUGACUACUUGCAUGAAGUGGUCUGGUUUUGAGUUGAUAUCAGGAUGAACUGUUGGAGGGUCUGUCCCACUCCACCUGGUUUCUCGCUGGAAAGCUUGCUGCCUUGCUGGGAGCCUCUUGAGUCUCUGUGGCCUCUGCAUGAAAACCCGUGCUCAGAACAUCAGCACUGGUUGUGUUAAUGGCAUGAGAGGCGCUCACAUCUGAUCCUUGAGCCACAGAGUUGUUACAGUGUGUGGUUUCCACACUGUUGCUGCGGCUGAAAUCCACACUCUCUGCUCCGUUCAUCAGGUUUGAACCCUCCAAAUCAAAGAAGGAGUUGUUUUCUCCGAUCCCCAGACCAAAACUCUCCAACAUAUCCAUUACCGAGGGUGUAGAUGGCCCACUGGGGAUCUCCUCCUCAAUCAGACUCAGCGUGGGUAAAAUGUCCACCAACUCUGCCAUCUCCAUCGGCCGGAUCACCUCAGUGAUGCUGGGAGGAAAUUCCUCCUCCUCACAGGAUACCUGAGUAUUCAAAACAGCAAAACCCAUGUCUAACUGUGCAACGGCGGCAGGCUCCAGUCCAGACUCAAUCAAAGCGCUCGCACAAUCUAUCUCUGACUGUCCAAUGCUCGUCAGGUCCAUUGUGGACUGAGCUGCAAUGUCCACAGGAUAUCCUCCCUUCGCUACACCUUCCAUCAACACCAGAGCGGCUUCCUCGGGGGCAUCCAGGAUUCCUGCUGGAGCUGAGACCUCAGCUGUGACCACGUUUGGAGGAGUCCCACUGACAGAACACUCUGAAGUGGAAAUGAACGUCUAAUAAGUCAUAAAUUCAGGUUUAUAUCACUAAAAUGUAACAUGACACAAUUAUUGAAAAGCGCUCAUUUGGUCUUCACUUUUAAAUAUUUGGAGACAUGUUGUCUGUCUCUAUAUAUAGAUACCCUCUUCUUCAUUCUACCUGAUAUGGCUCGCUGUGCUUGUGUCCGAUGGGGCCACGUCAGCCUGGCAGUCAAACUGUCCUCCUCUUCUUCACCAUCAGGACGUGCAGGUGGGUCUCCGCCCAUCACCAGGCCAAGAGGAACUGCCCCCACCCACUGCUUUGAACGAACACACUGUAGACAGUCCAUAAUCCAGCGAGCAUCCCUCCACAGCAAAUCUAGACGCUACGGACACAAGAGGGCAAAGACAGCACCGUCAGACUGAAACUGAGUCAUUCCUUCAUGCAGGGAUGUAAAUUAGCCCGACACAUUGGCCAUGAUUUAUUUUUCUGAUGAUAUGAUUGACAAAAGUUGCUUUCAUUUACGUGUUGACAGGCCUUUCCAUUGCAACACAGUAGGGGGCAGUAUGCAAUCCCUCAUCAGCCACAAAAAGCUGACCAAACAGUAAAAAUGGCUCCAGUGUGUAUGUUUUUAACAGUUUCAGAGAAGGAUAACAAAACUGUAAUUUGCAAAACAUGCCACAGCUACACAAGAAUGGGUGAAAAAAAAGUUCUCAAGUUUUGACACACCAAAUCUUCCAGUCACCUCAAAGUCCUCAUUGCAACAUAAACGUAUCAAAGAAAUAUAAAGUAGCAGUAGCCAAGCCUAGUGUUCACAUAAAAGAGAGUGCUGCAGUGCUGAUUUUAUAACCACAAAAAGUUUAGCAGAGACAACCCAAAACUAGAGCAAAUUCUGACAAAGUUUACAGCACUUGAUGACCCACUUUUUCUUCCGAAGUAGAAGGCCAAUUCCACCAGCUGAUGGCACAUUUGAAAAGGUUGCUGCUACUUUGCAGAUGUAAACCUGUCUGUUAUGUUAAAUGUGUAUAAAUAAGACAUUAUUCCAUGCAGGGAAGUGCUUUGAUUCACAACUAAACAAAAACUGCUAGUCCUUGUUUUUUUUGCCUGCUAAGAAAAGUGAUUUCAAUAGAAUGCUUCGUACAGAUUAUUAAAACACAACAUAUGCAUCUUUUCUUACUAAAAAUUAGACUUUCAAACUCUCAUGAGAGCCUAAACAUGUUUUAAAACUCAAAAAUGCAAAAGCUUUUUUUUGUAAUUUUAUUGGCAAAUCUAGAUAAAUAGCUUUUAUUUCUACAAUCCCAAUCCCAAUUCUCAAGUCAUGACUCUACAGUGGAAAUCACUGCAUGGGCUCAAAAUCAAUCCCUAAAAUGACUGUCUGUGUCUGUGUGAACUGAGUUUGCACCUCCAAAUACAAAUGCAGGUUGAAACUGUCCCAUGCAAAGAUGAACCAUGAAAAAAGAUGAUAUAGAAACACAGUCUUGGCCAAACCCAUUGGUGGUCUAACAAAUACACAUUUGACAGUCCUUUUUGACCUCAUGGACACUAUAUCACCCACUUGAAAAAGACAAAAGACCACUCAGCUGAUGAUACGUGGAUGUAUAAGUCCCCACAGCAGAGGUAGCUUUCAGACACCAUGAUGCUGAACAAUAUAUGCAGAUUUUAGAACAACAUGUGCUGCCACCUAGACAAUGACUUUAUAAAGAGGACCUUGCAUAAUACAGCUAGAGGAUGCCAAACUACAGUCUGUGUGUAUUACAACAGCACGGCUCUGUAUUAAAAGAGUCCAGGUGCUAAACUGGCCUGCAGUUUAAACAGUCCUGACUUGUCACUCAUUAAAAUAUUUAUGACAAAGGAGACUCCAAAUUGUUGAGCAGCUGAACUCCUGUAUCAGGCAACAGUUGGACAACAUUUCACUUUUAAAACUUCAGAGACUGGUCUUCCAAAUGUUGACAGGGUGUUGUCAGAAGAAGCGGUGAUGCAAAACCACUCUUGUUUCUGAAAUGUGUUGCUCACAAACAAUUUAAACCGAGUCUAUGCAGUAUUUUUCAUAAAACAGUCACAUCUUCAGUUUCAACACUUGGUGUGUUGUCUUGACACUAUUUUCAAGCUUCAAAACAACAGACAACUGGAUGCUAAAGAAGAGGUGGCAGCAGAGUUAAGUCAGUAAGCACAACCAUCUUCUACAUCUCAUUUGUUUCAGCUGAUCUUACAUGGGUAAACUCAGUGAUGUGGUUCAGGCGCUCUCGGGCUUCCUGCACCUCUUUGGUGUCCAGCGCCUCUCGCAGAGCCUGCUGGGCCAGAUGAGUAUCCAGCUCCAGUCUCACCCAGGCCUGGCAGUACUGAGACAGAAAGUCCCUCUCAUAUGUCCAGAAGUGAACUGGUGAUGAGGCAAAGACAAAUCACUACAUCAAAGCAGAGAGGAAAAAUAGACUCAGAUCUCAUUAGCACACUUUAUCACACUUUGAGCGCGGGAGUUUUUAAGGCGAGAGAGGAAGGAAAGAUGGAUUUAAAUUGGAGGCAAAACAAAUCCUAAAGCGUGGAGAAAAACAGAUCAAAGAAGUAAUUAGACACAAAAAAAGAAUAAAAGUGACUUCCCUUCAAAAGACCUGAGCAUCAGAUAAUGUGUACUUUACAAAUUACACUCUGCAACCUGACCUGUAAUGGUUUCAGUAUAUUUCAUGGGUGAUAUUUAAGUUCAUUGGAUCAUUUUCCAGCUGGCUCCUUUGAAGAUAAAAACACAUUUUUGCUUUUAGCGAUGUGUAAACCGAAUAAAAAGAUUUGUUAUUUCCUCCUUACAGUAUUUGAUGCAGUGCAGUAGUCUUUUUUUAAUUCAAAGGCUUGUAAGGCACCAUGCUGUUUUUAAUUAAAGUAACCCAGCGAGGUACUAAUCCUCACCUCGAGGUCCACAGUUUUAUGAAUCACACUGGUUUUUUUUUUGUUGCCCUUUUUUAACUCAGAGCUCAUUUUUAUGAGCCUCUUUUUUUUACAGCAGGUCUUAAAAACCCAGCGUUAUUAUUAUUAACGAAUCUUUAAUUAAUAAAGCUACAGAUUUCCACCCACCAAGCUCAAAGAUCUGCAGGGGCAUGGUGAGCCCAGGCUCCUUUGUCCCCACCAGAGGCCAGUAGCUUGAGCUGAAGUCCUCACUGGGAGGAAGAAGCAGGAUCAUGGACACCUUGUCUCCAAACUGCAGAAGCUCCCGGGUGUACACACCAUACUGAUAUGCCUGUCAUACACAAAAAACAGGUGCAAAUGCAAUGAAAAAGUGUUGAAGCUCAAUGUUGAACUGUUUUUUAUUUUUGUCUCUUCUUCUCGUCACAUCAAACUCAGGAAUGAGGCUGUUUGACGGUCUUUUACCCUGUAGAGGGGAAUGUUGAGCUUUGUAAGUAAAUGUGUGACAGCAGCUCUCAGAGACAUGAUGAACUCCAACAUCACGCUGCUCUCCAUCAAGCUCUCAUCCUCACCGCCCAGCAGGUUCUGAGCGCUGUCAUUAGUUGUAGUGUAAACAUGACUCUGGAGCCAUUCCCACUCCUCCCUGUCAAAAAAAAUCAUAACAUAACUGGCAAAGGCACUUUAAAACCUGGUGGUGAGACAAAACAGACAGAAUAACUUGUUUGACUGCAUUUUCUGACACGUUUUCAACCCCAAUCUGACAGACGAAGACAAAGGGAUAUUAUCCUGAGGAAGUUCAACAUCAAAUAGUUAAGUCUUUUCAAUCCCUCAGUGCUACUUGUGAUUGACCUGGCACAAUGUGUCACCUGGUAACGUGGGCGUUGUGUCGCACUCGGGUAUGGCACAGUAGAUUGGGCAGCCUCUGAGGCACCAGGACCCGGAUCUGUUCGACUGAACUGCACAGUUUCAGGAUGCCAACAUACAGACCAGGCUGGCCCCACUGAUUGCUGUGCCUGUGGAAGGAGAGUUUCUCCUGGAGGACAAAAGAUCAUAAGGUACAAUGAGGAGGAGUUAUAGAUGCCUUUUAUUUGCUUUUUUCUUGAUCUGUGUUCAUUUAAUCAGGUAGUUUGGUUUGGUCUUGCAGAACUAAUUCUAAAGUGAUUUUCAAGUCAGAACAGCCAAUCCAUUCUUAGUGAAUGAACUGCAGCCGCUAACUGCAUCAUAAUUGCCUAUUAUGCAUCCCCAUUAUCUACUUCAUCUCAAGGUCCAAGUCACAAAGCACAUCAACAUUUUUUUAUUUCAGGCACAAAUACGUCUUAAAGUUCUGCAGCUUUUAUCCUGACAGAAAUCAAACCUGUCCCAAAUACGGAUGAUGAGCCCGUUGAGCAGGGGCCCUCAGGAGCCUCAAUAUUAGCUGAUGCUGAUAUUUCAUUGCCUUUCAUUGGUCUGACCAACCAGUUUAUCUCUAGUCAAAGUUAUAUUAAGAGAUUUGUGUGAAUAUAUAUAUUUCUUUUGAUCAUCCAGAGGUAGAAUUGUUGUUAUGAUCUUUGGAAAAUUUGGGUGCAAACUACUGCUGUUACCUCCAACUUUAAGAAGACAUGAACAUUUUCACUUUGACUCUGAGAAGCUGUUGGUGCACUAAAUGUAAAUUGAUGUUUUUUUUUUAUUUUUAUUUUUACAGAAAGAGGCCUAUUUCCCCCCCCGGAGUGCUUCAUUUCAAUACACGCAGACAGCUUCAGUGCGCUGAGGUGCCAUUUUCUCUGCAGUUUCUGGUACAUUUAACCCUUUUUGUACUUCAUGAAUUAGAUGAAACCUUAUUUUCUAAUCUGCGCAGGUUACGUAAACACAUAAGCUGCACUAUCUGCUUUUAAAAUCAGUCUCUCAGUCAUUUUGCACUCAGUCCUCGUCACAUCCUGUGGGCAUGACAGGCCAUGACCUUUUUCAUGUCUCUCUGUUAAACAAACACAGAUUCACCUUGAGCUGCUCGUAGAGCGUAUCCAUGGCAGUGGGCUCUGGCAGCAGAGGAGUUCUGCUGCGGUUCUUUUCCAGGCGGGCCAGAGGCAACCAGUGGAGCGGAGGGUCAGGAGGGCUGGAGCAGAGUGAAAAUGUAAUCCUUGGAUUAAGUAUUAAGUUUGAUUUCUUCAUACAAAAACAAAACAAAAAACAAAGCCAGUCAAAGAGAGGGAAUUGAAAGAAAGACUGGUUUUCCUGAAGGCUGUAUUGUGCAUGUUUGCUUAGCAAGGCUGAUGCCUGAUUAGGUUUUCUUCUCUCUUGGGAAUGAGGGAGAUUAAUGGAGUCAAGCAGACUGAUUGAAAACUUAAUCUAGUCAGAUUUAAAAUGUUUGUUUCAGUGAAACAGUGAGACACGGUGGUGAGCAGCUGUGGGGAAAGUUGUCCUUCAUAGACAAGUUGGAGGUUAAAGCCACAUGAGCUGCUUUGCACUGUUUUUCAACUGAAUAAAAAGUCCCUCUGCAUAAAAUAAACCACUCUUUCUCACCUGUGAGGCAGUGGGAACUCUCUCAGAGUCACAAGUAAGACGUUGCCCUGUCGGUCUUUCAGAGGUUCAUAGUACACCUGGCCCAGAUCCAUUGUUCCCAAAGAGGACUGAAGGCAGAGAGGUGAAGACACAGACCAGAAACACAUGAAUGAAUAAAUAUGAGGGAUUAAUGAGCUGAAACACAAGUUCUGGUUGUAGAAGUGUUUUCAAGAGAUAUGGACGCAAGGCAUUUGCAGGUAAGAAGAAUGAAGGAGGAAGAAGAAUUAAUAUCAAAUGUUAAUUAAAACUAUUUAACCCAUUGGUGCUGCUUAUCAUGCAGAGUAAGCUGCUUAAGUUCCUACCUGCAGCUGGGAGACAGCUCGUAAAAUGUUGUGCCUGUUCUGAAGGAGGGAGGAGGGGGAGGAGUGAGCGGAGGAGAGAGCCUGCUGGAGCCAGGGGACUUGCUGCCAUGCACAGGACAACUAGAAGAAAAGAAAUGAUUCAAAUUAACUCCGGACUGCACUUCACAGCUUUUGAACCAGAUAAGUUCAGCAUCAGAAUCAGCAGAUAAAACAACUAAAGACGUGUCGGUUUGAAUUAAACAUUAUCAACAUGCAUUCCUCUGUAUUAACUGACUUCUUGUUAGAGCUUACUUUGGCAAACCAAGCAAAGUCAUGGGUGAUGGAGGUGGAGCAGCACUGGAUGUCCACCAGUGGAAUUUGAUCCUCAGCCGUCACCAGGAUAUUGUCUUUGUAGUAGAACACAGUAGCCAAGUACACACCCCUGAUGAGAUCAAUGGCAGAAGAAAAAAUUAAGCAAAGACCACCCACGGUACAGAGCAGUCAUGAAGCUGGUCAAAUUAAACACAAUCUGUAGAGGAUGUAGCCAGAGUAGACAGAGUGAAGCAGUUCAAAUCAACACCUGAUUUGACAUGUAGAAAGUGAUCAGCUGGGCUGUGGGCUGGUGUUAAGAACAGCUGAUGCACUGUGAGCUGAGCUUGACUUUGCGGUCUGCCUGAACUAACACCAUGCUCAACCUGUCAACUGCAAAUCUCUGAGAAGAAGAGCUGAACAACGACAGGAAUGCCAACAUAAAUAUCCCAAUUCACCUUGUUUAAUAUUACCUUCAACAGAAAUACUCAGGUUACUGUGAAUUAUGACAAAUAAUCAGGUCAUGGAAGUGUUGCCGCUACUGAAUUAGGACUACUUCAACUGUAACCUUAUAGAUGAAUCAUUUUAAAUCAAUAUUUUGUGUUAACAUGUUAGUUGGCAUCGGGGUAAUAACUGUGAUAAUGAGUGGUGAAUGGAUGUAUGCAAAUCAAAACCUCAGAAGGAUGAGCAGGACACGCUUGGGAUCCUUAUUUGAAUAACACCAGUUCACCAUGCAUUAUUCCUGAGUUAUCAUUGUUACAGAUUAAAAUAAAGUCAAAUUCCUACUUCUCCAUUUUUAAUGUCAACCUUAAAUAACACAAAACCUUACUGUGAGUUAUGCAAAUACUGUUUGUGUCUACAUUAAAAAAGCAAUUACUUCCAAACCCCCACAGCAAUUUGUUUCAUCCAUGCAGUCUUCCCUGCAGUGGUUCCUAUUAAUUCCACUUAGAGGCUGCACCAUUUAUCCACUUUUCACUGCUGUAUUGAGAGUGCGGUCCACUGAAUGCUUGUAGCAGUGUGAAGCUUUGAUCAGCCACGUGCCACUUUCCACAGUCCAGUGAUUUUAAACAUCAUCCUCCUCUCAAGAGCUCUCCUCUAAUCUGAAGCCUACAGCUGCUUUUAUGAAACUGUUCUUUUCAAUAACUGUGACAGGUACGACUCUGGACUCCUGCUUUGUAGUCCACGACGCUGUAAUCACGUCACGUUUAAUCCGCUACCCCCUGCCCCCUCGGGACACAAAGGGACAGGUAAGACAGAUGGAGCACUACCUCUGUAGGAGACGAACAAACUUGGUGGCAGACUGGAACAGUUGUUUGAUGCCUCGGGACACAGACAGACGCUUGCUGGGACUCUGGGGCUUAGAGCUCUCUGUGGAGUGGAGGAGGAGAGGAUCAGACCGGAUGAGAAUCACUUCAUCUGCCUGAGUGCAUUCACUGUGCAUAUAACACAGAUUUGGCUGCAUGAUGGAGGGACUUUUUUUUUCCUGGGGUGAAAAAAGUUUAUACAAAUGAUACAAGCAUGCUGCUUCUAUAAACAGCCCCCAGCUUGAGUAGAUCUUUCACUAAGUAACACUAAUGCAUCUGAGCUGUUUGUUUGGGGGUGGUUGUUUUUUUUGUCUUUAUCGGACAAGGACAGCCGAGAGAAAGACCUGAAAUAUGAGGAGUAAAGAGAGGGGAAGUAAUGCAGCGAACAGUUGUCGCCAGGAGUCAAACCAGCAGUUAUAGAGGAAAACUGGGACUUUGCUUAAUUGCUUUUCUUUUCUCUGGGGGUGGCAUGUUACUGUGAAAAUAAAAAGUGACAGACAAGAGAGAAUACAGACACAACCUAAAUACAUGAAGGACAGAGGAUAACGGCCAGAUUAAAUUGAGUACACAUUUUAAAAACGAACUCAUGCCAGGAAAAUGGUUACAUUAACAAGAUAAUAAUCUCAUGAGAAUUAAGCUGCAUUCUUGUGAAAAAGCAG